UGGAAAAGAUCCUACCCUCUUUCAUUAUAUAUCUUUAUGACCACCUAGUGCCUGACGUGUUUUCUACGGAAAAUUCUGAGGGUGAUUUUUAAUGAAUAUAAUCUUUAAAGGGCUUGGCUGCACUGUAAAAUAGAUGUAUAGUGGGGAACUUGCGUUCAGAAAAAUACUUUGUACAAAAAUAAAGCACCAUGUUAUUAUUGUUGUUAGGUAAUGCUUUCUUUUCAUCCCAGUUUAAAGGAAAAUGGACAUGACUCUAGUUUUCAAACUGUACAUUCAGGUAAAAGAAGUUUAAAUCAGUUGGUAAGACUUUUUGACUAAGUCUGAAUGAGAGUGAAUACAAAAUCGUGCACUUCUUUGUGCUAUGACUGGCUUUUUUUGUGCUGCAUCUACAUGUGAAGAAGGAUCUGAACAUUCAUAAAAGCUCAUUUGUUUUGAGCAUAUACAUCAUUUAUUAGAAGAGCAUGAAUAGACUUCAGUUUCCCAUGUUUUGGCCCUGCUUCCAGUUUGCACUGAAGCUCAUGUGUGUCUGGAUGAGAGCAGCAGUAAAGAGAAUGCUGUGUUUGAACAGUACAUUUCUGGUAUCAUUUCAUUGCAGUGAAAUUCUUUUUUGUUUUAAGAGGUGGUAAAGAAGAUGAAUGAGGAAGGGAAAGCAAGGGAAUAGCAUGGAAAACUAUCCAAUGAAGUUGGGGUUUUCUUAUGUCUUUGAAAUAUAAUCCACAUUUUCUCAGAUACUUUCAGGGUGUUUCCAUUUCCCUUAAAUUACUGAGAAAUUGCAUGUUAUUGAGGAUUUUUUGUUGUUGUUGUUACUUUAGGGAGCAGGUGUACAUAGCUGGUAACUGUUAAAAAAUCAGUCAUGGAAAGUGUAUAUCAAAGAUUUUUAUUGUAACCAUUUAUGCACGCACAGUAAGGUCAUCACAACCUGAGUGUAUAGAAUUCUGUUACAUUUAAUUCUCUUUUGGCAUAACUUAAUUUGUUACAAUAAUUUCUGAGUAGCUUUACAGGGUGUUUGCCUUAUGAUUCAUUUGAAAACAUGUUCAAGAUAGAAAAAUGUAUGGGAUAUUUAAGCCAUGUACAGAACAAUUUGAUUUAAAUACUCCCCAAUUUUAAUAUAUAUGAGAAACAUGGAAAGAACAACAAUUAUUUUAAUACUAGCCUUAAACCAAAUGUGUGUGGAUAUAUAUAUUUAGCAAUGAAAUCUUGGCUCCAACAAGGAUUUUUUUUAAUUUCAGGUUAAUCCUAUGUGUUGCUCCUAUUUGGAAUCACUGGUGCUACAGACAUGAUUAAAUAUCAGUGUAUAUAUAAUUGGUUUUGUGGAUUAAAGGUGUCAUGCAGUUUGUUUGUAAUUGAAGAAAAAAACCCUGGGUGGUCUCUUUCUUGUAGAAAGUUUCAAAAGAGAAAUGAAGUCCAAAGGGGCUCAUCUCUCUGGUUAUUCUGUCCUCCUGUGGUUAUUCUUGCCCUACAAUAUACAUGGCUCUAUUAAAGCCUGGAGAGAGCAGUCAUGGUUCCACUUGUUGGCCCAAAGAAGAGAAAUGUCCAUCGUCUUCAUGGGUGCUGGAAACAGAGCUCUCUCUGAUCACCAGCCUAGUUGGAUGUGGAUGGAGGAAGGAGGCCCUGGCCUUGCUGUUCAGGGUGUGUGUGAGCCCAGGUGAUGGCCACUGCUCUGGAAGCAGCCUGAGACAGACAAAGUACCCCUGGGACUCCCACUUCAGCACAGCCAGGAAGCCCCCCAUGACCCAGGGUUUGUUCUGGCAGCCACAGUUCAGUUCUUGUGGACGGUAAUUUACUAAAGGAGUGGAGAAUCACCCCGGGGAGAGGAUGCUAGCAGGCACGGGGUUGAAUUAAGGGGAUCAUUGCAUGAAACAACAAAAGCAACACCUGGAGAUUUUAUACAAGGAGGGAAACUUGCUGGGGUUUAUACCUAUUAACUUUGAUCUGACCAGUCUCUGUGUUUGUGUCAAACUCUUUCCUCCUUUUUUAUUUGUUCCUAACAGAAAUGAAGCAAUUGCCAGAUUGGAGAAUGUAGGGCAACAGAACAGAUUUCACUGCAAUGUGCCAGUGUGUGAUACAGAUCCAGCUUGUUCAGAUGAUGUUCUGAAGCAUGUUUUUACCACGAUCUGUUAAAGUCAAGAGGGCUGCUGAUGAGGACAAAAGUUGUACAGCUAAGAAAAGUAAACUGUCUUCUGGAGGACCUUCGCUAGAGGAGCCCACAGAGUUCCAGGACUGUAAGUCAGUUGGAACAGAAACUUCUGCUUCAACUGACAAUUCAAGUGAAAUUGUACAAGGACACACAGAACCUGCAGCUGCAGACCUUGGUGUUGCUAAUGCAUCAUUGGCAAAGGACAGCCAAAAUACUGAGGAGGAUGGCUCUUUGGAAGAACCCGUAAAAUCCUUCAGCAAAUCCCAGCGCUGGGCAGAGCCUGGAGAGCCUGUGUGUGUUGUGUGCGGCCGCUACGGGGAGUACAUCUGCGACCAAACAGAUGAAGAUGUUUGUAGUUUGGAGUGUAAAGCCAAACACCUUCUACAAACUGAAGCAAAGGAAAAGCAGCUAACAUCUGAUCAAGCCACAGAUUCUCAAGCAGAAGCUGACCUCCUUAAUACACCUUAUUUCUACAAAGAUCAUUCCUUUAUUUUAGGUUUGCAAGAUGAGCAGGUUGAGAACCUUAAACUCCAGCUGGGUAUUGCUGUCCAGGGCCAGCAAGUUCCAAGACCUAUUGUAGAGUUCGAACACUGUGGUUUUCCUGAAACUUUAAACAAUAAUUUAAAGAAUUCUGGCUACGAAGUCCCAACUCCCAUCCAAAUGCAAAUGAUCCCUGUUGGACUGUUAGGGAGGGAUAUUCUGGCCAGUGCUGACACAGGCUCUGGAAAAACAGCAGCUUUCCUGCUUCCUGUUAUUAUGAAGGUUUUGAAAGAGACAGAAACUCCAUGUGCCCUUAUUUUGGCACCCACGAGGGAGCUGGCCAUUCAGAUCGAGCGGCAGGCGAAGGAGCUGAUGGCCGGCUUGCCCAACAUGAGGACAGUUCUGCUGGUGGGAGGUUUGCCCCUGCCCCCGCAGCUGCACCGGCUCCGCCAGAGCGUCAAGGUGAUAAUAGCAACACCUGGAAGACUUCUUGAGAUUUUAAAGCAAAGUUCUGUUCAACUGCAUGGCAUAAAAAUUGUAGUGGUGGAUGAAGUGGAUACCAUGCUAAAAAUGGGUUUCCAGCAGCAAGUUUUGGAUAUUUUGGAAGACAUCUCUCAUGAUCAUCAAACCAUACUGGUGUCAGCCACGAUUCCAGUGGGCAUUGAGCACUUGGCAAACCAGCUUCUGCACAAUUUUGUCAGAAUAACAAUUGGAGAGAAGAAUCUGCCGUGUUCCAAUGUUCGCCAAAUUAUCUUGUGGGUAGAAGAACCAUCUAAAAAGAAAAAACUGUUUGAAAUACUAAAUGAUAACAAGCUCUUCAAGCCUCCAGUGCUGGUGUUUGUGGACUGUAAACUAGGAGCAGAUCUGUUGAGUGAUGCUGUUCAUAAGAUUACAGGAUUGCAGUGCACAGCUAUGCAUUCUGAAAAGUCUCAGGUGGAAAGAACAGACAUAUUACAGGGAUUACUUCAAGAGAAGUAUGAAGUUAUAGUAAGUACUGGAGUCCUUGGACGAGGGCUUGACCUUGUCAAUGUCAAACUGGUGGUGAAUUUUGAUAUGCCUUCAAGUAUGGAUGAAUAUGUACACCAGGUUGGAAGAGCAGGGAGAUUGGGUCACAGUGGAACUGCAAUUACUUUCAUCAAUAACAACAGCAAGAAGCUCUUUUGGGAUGUUGUGAAGAGAGUGAAACCCACAGGCACCAUUCUUCCCCCACAGCUGCUUAAUUCCCCAUAUCUGCAUGACCAGAAGAGAAGGGAACAACAGAGACUUAAACAGUUAAAUAAUAGCCUCGUAACAGGAGAUAAUAUUAUGGACAUUAUUAAAAAACACAACAAAAAUAAUUCUCAGAGGUAAUAAAGGCAUAUUUAUGUAAUUACAAUAAAAGUAUUAUUAAAAAUAAA